UAAAACUUUAUUUUAUACUGUUAGAUUACUAAAUUUUUUUUAAAAAAAAGGGAAAAAAAUUGACUUGUGGUCAUCUCCAUCGAAAUCCCAAAGGAAAGGAUAAGUCCAUAUCUGCUGGGUUUUUUACUUUGCAGCGUCACACUCCAAUUCUCACACCAAAAGGAAAGACCGUAGAAAAGUAAAAAUGGCUCGUCGUUGUUUCGCUCUGUUCACCAUUUUCGUCUUCGCAAUCGUUCCUCAUAUUCAGGGUAUCGCGACCAAUGAUCAACGUGCGCAGAUCUCCGUCCGCUCAUCGCCAUUUGAAACAGCCCUCGCAACCCUUCAGAAGCAAAUUGGCUAUAAUUUCCAAAAAACUGGGCUCCUUCGCCGUUCCAUGACCCAUGCCUCCUUCUCUGAGGAGAAUAACAGGGCUCUGAGCAUUUUGGGCGCCAAUGUCAUAGAAACAUCAGCCUCUCUACGACUGCUUGAAAAAGACCUUGAGAUUUCUGCAAAAGAAUUGAACCGUCGUGUUUCAGAGCUAUCCAAAGUAGAAUCUUCCUGUGCCGCUGACGGGUUGCGCUUGGGGUUGCAUAAGGUGGUUAGAGUCUCUCCCAAGACUAAUUCUACCACCCCUUUGGUGGUUUGUGGGGCUUUCAGAGCAAUCUUUGGCGCUAUUGCUAUUGAUGUAGGGAAGUCGGAUGAUGCUGGAAGCUAUUUCUGGGGUGUUCAUGGAGGUCAAGUUGGCGGAGCUCUUGCAAUGUAAGCACAGCUCGCUCAAUAUCAGCUGUCAGAAGAUAUUAGACUUAAUAGUAUUAAGCUCCUAGUUGUGGAAUUGAGUUUAGUAGCAGUAACAGUAUGUGCUUUGUUCUGCUGUUUGUUAAAAUGGUUUUAACAGUGUGUGUGUUUUAGGUGCCCUUGUCCCUUACAAUAUUAUGGUACUGUUAAUUUCGUUUGUGUGAUUGCUUGAUCCAGGAAAGGGUGUUUCUUAUCUCAGAUGCUUAUAAAUUGUGCUAUUUGUUUCCUCUUUACCAUAUGUUAUGAUCAUAUAUAACAGGUAGUCAGCUUUGUUUGA